AUGCGGAAAAAGCCAUGGUCAAUUGGUUGGCUUUCUCGAGAAAAUAAGACUGAUUUAGACAAUGAUAGUAAUGCACCCAACAAACGAGAUCAAAUCUACGAAGAAAUACGACGAAAAUCGCAGGCAUCGUUUAGAAGCUCCAGCUCACACUCACUGCAGCCAUCAGACGAGCAGCAACAGCAGCGUAGACCUUCGAUACAACGCACCGAAACAAGUGUCAAGUUGCGAAAGAUUGGCAGUGAUGGGCGUCGAGUGUUUGUCAAUUUACCCCUUCCCGAAUAUGAAUUAACUAGCAAGGGCAAGCCAAGGCACACCUAUGCCUCCAACAAGAUCAGAACAUCGAAAUACACCAUCAUUUCGUUUGUUCCCAAGAAUCUCUUUGAGCAAUUUCGCAGGCCAGCCAACAUGUAUUUCUUGGCCAUGGCCAUCAUCCAAAUGCUCCCCAUGUUUGGGGUCAAAUCACCUGUUUUGACCUUGCUGCCCAUCUGUACAGUCGUAAUCAUCACUGCUCUCAAAGACGCUAUCGAGGAUUUCCAGCGGCACAAGGUAGACGAGCAAUACAACCAAAACAUCACUCAUACGCUGAAUGGCUAUCACAAUGCAAACUAUCCAGAGCCAACAAGCAGUACCAUAUCAUGGUUUAGAAAGUCAAAAUCAUCAUCAUCAUUACCACAGCAACAUACAGGUCAGCCCAACGAAAAGCAGCAAGCCAUGUUCCAUGAAGGCACAUCCCACAGCCAAGCACAAUACCAUUCAUCGUCGUCAUCCUCUGGAUCGGCCGAUGUAUUCACUAAAUCAUUAUCCAAAGAUGUCCGAGUGGGCGAUUUCAUAUUACUGCGAAACGGAGAUAGUUUACCUGCAGAUGCCAUCUUACUGUCCACCUCUGAUAAGGAAGGUAUCUGCUUUGUCGAAACCAAGGAUUUAGAUGGCGAAACCAAUUUAAAGUCUCGCAGCAGCGUCCAAGAGCUAAAGCACAUCCAAUCUGGUGCCGAUUGCUUGAAUGAGUGUCAUUUCUAUGUAGAAGCGGGCGCCCCUUCGCCUGAUCUUUACAAAUUUCAGGGCACGUUGGUGACACUGGCCAAGUCUGGAGAGCAGCAGUGGACCAAGAAGAGCAAGACACCCAUUGAAAUUGAAAACAUCUUGUUGCGUGGUCAUGUCGUCCGAAAUACCAAAUGGGCUAUUGCAGUCGUCUUGUUUACAGGCACAGAUACAAAGAUCAUGCUGAAUUCUGGCGAAACACCUAGCAAAAGAAGCCAAGUCGACAAGGCGAUGAACAAGGAGAUUUUCGUUGCUUUUGCCGUGCUGUUCAUCUUGUGUCUGAUCUGUGCCAUCAUGGCUGGUGUUAUGCGAUACCGCACCAUGUCCAGUGCUGCUGCAGAGCUCUUCACAGCACAGACAGGCUCUCCUGGCUACGUGGGCUUUGUCAACUUUUGGUCUAGUUUGAUUAUUUUCCAGAACAUUAUACCAAUCUCACUAUAUGUAUCUAUUGAAUUUGUAAAGACAUUCCAGGCCUUUUUUAUAUGGAAUGAUUUGGAUAUGUGGGACGAACAGUCCAAGAAAUCAUGCGUACCAAAGACUUGGACUUUAUCUGAUGAUCUUGGACAAGUGGAAUACAUCUUUUCUGACAAGACAGGCACACUGACACGAAAUAUCAUGGAAUUCAGAGAGUGCACUAUUGGCGGUACUCGCUAUGGCGACAAUGGGUUCUCUCCAGAAUCAGAGGGUGCCCGUGGUGCUCGUCUGCGCAAAGAAAAGGAGAAUGCCCAGUCUAACCACCAUGACGAAGAAAGCUCUUCUCGCCCAGUUGUUGACCAGCAGGACCAGUCAUCUUCUCCCAACAUGAUCAACACGGACGAAGACCCUUUUGACAGCAACGAUGAAAAGAAAGCAGACCAGGACAACAAGCAGCAACGACAGGAGAUCAUCAAAGAUUAUGAAGCAGCACUAAAAGACGUUUUUGAACCCAGUUAUUCAUCGCUCAAUCCUGACAAGCUGUCAUUUGCAGACCCUCAAAUAUUCAAGGACAUUGGAUCAUCCGAGAUGGGAUCUGAUAAGGCAGAUGAUCAAUCGACGCAUAUCAAGGAGUUUUUUAUGUUGCUUGCAUUGUGUCAUACUGUUAUGGUUGAAAAGAUUGGUAAAGACGGUAAAGUCAUUGAGGACGAGGAAGACGACGAGGACGACGAAACCGACAAAACGCAGCAGCCCAAGAUUGAUGAAAGCAGCAUUGCGGACACCAAGACUAAGAAGUUUGGCAAACUGACCGGUAGACACUAUCAGGAGGUUGAGCAAGUAGAGCAUGUGGAUUCCAGCAAUUCCUCUAUCGACGACAGCCAAAAGAAGGAUGAAAAAAAGGGGCUCACAUUCAAGGUGCGGUCUGGCGGUGCUAAGCUAUUGCAAGUACCUGGAUUACGGCACUUGAAGAAGCACAAGGAUGACGGCGGCAGCAACAGUUUGAAGCGCACACGGAGUCGAGGCGAAGAGUUUAAUACCAUCACUGAAGAAAACCAAACCCCUGACCGCGUAGAUGACACUGUCAAGACUCAGAUUGAUUACAAGGCAGAAUCCCCUGACGAAGCAGCUCUCGUCAAUGCAGCCAAGAACGCAGGAUUCGCCUUCAUCAAGCGCAAGGGCAACAAACUCACUGUGGAUGUGUUGGGAAAAGAAUACGAGUUUGAGCUGCUUCAUGUGCUUGAAUUCAACUCGGACAGAAAGCGCAUGAGCGUCAUUUUGCGUCGACCUGCUCCUUGGAACGACAUUAUCUUGUACUGCAAGGGUGCUGACAAUGUGAUUGGCGAUCGUUUGGAUAAAGAGCAAGGCGGCGACAUUGUAGACAAGACGUUUGAUGAUAUUGGCGCCUUUUCAGAGAACGGCUUACGAACGCUCUUGUUGUCGUAUCGUAUUCUGGAUCAGAACGAGUACGAUGACUGGAAAAAAGAGAUGGACGAUGCAAGUACAGCAGCUGAAAAGCGAUCUGAGCGCAUUGCCGAAGCACAGGAAAAGAUUGAAGUCAAUCUCAAACUGCUGGGUGCCACUGGUAUUGAAGACAAGUUGCAGGACGGUGUGCCGCAAUGUAUUGAAGAUCUCCGUAAAGCGGGUAUCAAGAUUUGGGUUUUGACAGGCGAUAAGCUGGAGACUGCCAUCAACAUUGGCUAUGCGAGCAAUUUGCUGGAUGGUGACAUGAGGCUAUGGAAAGUGCGUGGUGAAGAUGAAGCAGACAAGGUCAUGCAAACCUUGGCGGAUACCAGUGAUAAACUCGACGAUAUAGAGGCCAAAUACGAGCAGGAAGAAAACCAUGAUGUUCCCAUGAAAGAGAAUGCGCUUGUGAUUGAAGGUUCCGCUCUGGUGCACAUAUUCGAGUCGUCAGAGGCUAAAGAGAAGCUGCUGGAUAUUGCUAUUCGCUGCAAGAGUGUGGUGUGCUGUCGUGUCAGUCCGCUGCAAAAGGCACUGGUUGUUCAAUUGGUGCGCAAAUACCAUAAUGUAGUGACAUUGGCAGUGGGUGAUGGAGCAAAUGACGUGAGCAUGAUUCAGGUGGCAAAUGUGGGUGUCGGUAUUGCUGGUCAAGAAGGUGUGCAAGCGUCUAUGGCUGCUGACUAUGCCAUUUCGCAAUUCCGUUUCCUUCACAAGCUGCUGCUGGUACAGGGCCAUUGGAGUUAUCACCGUGUCUCUGAGAUGAUUCUCACCUUCUUCUUCAAGAACGUAUUUUGGGUGUUUCCAUCUCUGUGGUAUCAAAUCUACAGUGAUUGGUCUGGCAACAUCUUUUACGACUAUUCGUUCCUUCAACUGUACAAUAUCAUCUUUACCGUCGCCCCUGUUGUCAUUAUUGGUGCUACUGACCAGGAUCUCACCUCGCCUUAUUUGAAGCAUCUCCCUUACAUCUACACGGUACGAGGAAAGCUGUAUACCAAAUCCAGAUUCUGGCUCUACUUUUUCGAUGGCAUUUGGCAAUCGGUUGUUGUGUUUUAUGCCUUUUAUUUCCUGUGGAUAGGAGGAAACCCUAAUGCGAAUGGUCGCUCUGAAUCCAUGCUCCAGAUGUCUACGUCGGUUGCUGUUACAGUGAUUGUGCUGGCUAAUUUGAUGCCUGGUUUUAAUACAUACUACUGGACCUGGUGGCAAUUUACAUUUAUUGGUAUUGAAAUUUUGCUGACAUUCUUGUGGGUGGUGAUAUACGGUGCUUUCCCCUCUGUUUCUAUGUAUGGCAUGGCCCAAAUGGUGUUUGGUUCAUGGUCAUUCUGGAUGACCUUCUUUUUAGCUAUUGUGGUUGCAUUUUUGCCUCGGUAUCUGAUUACGUUUGUUUGUCAAUGGUGGUUCCCUAAUGUAGUGGCCAAGGGAAGACAUUUGGAAUUGCAUGAAAAGAGAGUCAAAAAGCAAAAGAUGAAAGAAUUUGGUGAAUACACAUCGUUUUUGAAAAGCUGCUUUAUGAGAAUGAAUAACAAGAGACAUAGACGUCAAUCAUAA